AAUCUGCAAACACGAACACUUGGAAAACCUCAAGUGUUAGCCUAGGAUCUUUACUGGAAUGGUAGACUAGUAAGACAGCGGAAGUCUUGUAAAAGUGAACCUGAUGCAUCUGCUCUAGCCGUUGCAGCCAUCGCAGCCGCUGUUUCCUGCUUUGCAAGCGGCGAGCCAGCAAGCGCGCAUGGCGCUAGCGGACGACCCCCCCGACGUGUGGGUGGUGGACGUGGGUCGCGACCGCGAGGCCACCAAGGACGCGCUCGUCACGGCGAUUAACGACGCCACGGCCGUCAUCUACCGCGUGCUGCUGCGCCUCGUCACCACUGGCGCGUCGCCAGCGGUUGGCGCAGCGAGUGCAGCGGGAGGCGGAGUGGGGGGAGGAGGCGCGGGUGGGGGGGAGGGUGAGAGGGGAGCAGGGGGGGAGGACGAGCGGGACUCGCCGCAUGCAAUGCUGGUGCCGUACAAGGAAUUCGCGGAGAAGAUGGAUGUGGCGGCGGACAUGUUCGUUGCCCCCACGGACAAGCGAGAGAAGGCGCUGUGCCAUGCCGUGCUGGCAGGGGAAGCUUCCCGCCUCUACCUCGGACAGCGCAAGAAGCUGUUCAGCAAGAGCUCCAACCUGCCAGCAUACUGCGCCAAGCACCUGCCGUACACGUGUGACAUCAUAGUGGUGCAGGCCGGCCGCAAGGUCAAGCACCUGCAGGGACUUCUCUCGCCUGACUCCCUUGCCCCGCCUCUCCCCAGGGGCACGUCUGCUGUUGCUGCUACCGCUGCUGCUCCAAUUCCUGCUUCCACCUCUGCCUCUGCUUCUGCUGCUGCGUCGACGUCGGCGUCGGGGUCCCCUGCUGCUGUUGCCAUGGCGGGCGGUGUCAGUGCGUUGCUCAGUCGCUCCGCGUCAGCCCGCUCCCCCUCCUGCAGCCCUCCGUUGUCCCCCUCGUCCUCUGCUGGCCCCUCCCCCGCGCAACCUCGCAUCCAGCGAGGGAAGAGUCUGGGGCCUGGUACGCUGGGGGCAGGAGCGAGGCUGGUGGAAGGAGAUGAGGGGGGGUCGGGGCAGGGUGCGGAUAGGAGGGGGGGACGGGAUGGGCGCGAGGGGCGGGAUGCUGGUGCUAGUGCUGCUGCUGCUGCGUCCCCUUCUGCUGGCCGUGCCUCGGAGACAUCCCACACCGCAGCGACAGCGGGAGCAGCAGCAGGCGUGGGGGCGGGUGCAUCUAUUGAGGCAGCCACGGCAGCGGCGGCAGGGGCAGCAGGGGCGGCAGGCAUGAGGGUGGUGCAGCCACAGGCAGUGAACCUGAGGCACCUGGUGCUGGCGCGCAAGGACCUGGCAGCCAUGGGCUUCACACACGGGGGCGCGAAUACAGGGGGAGAUGGAGGGGAAGGAGGCGGAGCGGGAGGAGCGGGAGCAGGAGCGAAAGGAGGAGGGGGAGGCUCCAGCAUUGGUUGUGAGAGCCCCAUGACCGGAGGGCAGCACCAGCAGCAGCAGCAGAAGCAGCAGCAGGGCUUCUCGUCUGCCAACAGCUCUGCAGCGAAUUCCCCGCGCCUGACCCGCGCUCUCUCUGCAGGUUACUCCUCCGCUGCCUCCUCCUGCCUCACCCCUGGUACAGCAUCUCCCGGCAUGGGCAUGGGCGUCUUUGGCUUCGCAUCCCCGUCUCCGUCCGGCAGUCUUGGGAACAGUCCCUCCGUGCCCUCUCCUCUCGCCAAGGCUGUUGCUGCAGGUGGCUUCGGCGGUAUGCCUGGUUUUCACUGGGGCUUGCAUGCGGCACUGCAGCAGCAGCAGCAGCAGCAGCAGCAGCAGCAGUUGCAUAGGCUGAGCAACGUGGGUGCUGCUGCUACUGCGGUGGGGACGGCAGCAGCCGGAGCAGAAGCAGGUGUGAUGGAAGGAGUGGAGGAGGAGUGGAGCAGUGGCAGGAGCAGCGACAGGCACAGCGGCGGGAGCAGCGUUGGGGCAGGGAUGGGUAGGGAGGAGUCGAGAGCGGUGGCAGGUGGUGAAACUGGUGGUGUGCUUGGGGGGGAAGGAGCACUGCUUGAAACACAUCGAGUGGGUGAGGGGGGGCAAGGCGAGAAGGGGGUGAGUGGCAGUGCGGGUGAGAGGUUAGCCCAGCAGUCGUACCAGCAGAAGCUGAUUCUGCUGCAGCACCUGCUGGAGCAGCAGGAGCGGCAGAACCAACAGCUUCGUGAGCAGUGGCUGCAGCAGCACCACCGUCACCAGCAGCAGCAGCAGCAGCAGCAUCAGCAUCAGCAGAAACAGCAACAGCCACAGCAGCAGCAGCAGAAACAGUCGCACGAUCCGCCGCCUCUGCAGCAGCAGCAGCCUCCGCCGACGCAGCAGCAGCAUCAACAGCAGCCGCAGCAGCAGCAACACCAAUAUCAGUCUGCUGUGACUGGCUCUGUGCCUGAACUACCAUUGCCUGCCUUACAGCCUCCCUUAGAGCCGACCCUUGCUUCUGCGCCAGGUGCAACAGCAGCUGCAGCAGCUGCACCUGGUGUCUCAGGUGCUCGGGGUGUUUCAGGUGUUUCAGCAGGUGGAGAUCUACAGCAGACGUACCAGCAGAAGAUGAUUCUGCUGCAGCUCCUGCUGGAGCAGCAGGAGCGGCAGAACCAACAGCUUCAUGAGCAGUGGCUGCAGCAGCAGCGCCGCCACCACCAGCAGCAGCUGCAGCAGCAGCUGCAGUUUGCUGCGAGUGGCUCUGUGCCUGAGCGCUGCAGCAGCGCACCACCAUCACCUGCUUUACAGGCGCCCUCAGAGUUGCCCCUUGCUCCUGCCCCUGGUGCAACAGCAACAGCAGCAGCAGCAGCAGCAGCGGCAGCAGCGGCACCGGGUGUCUCAGGUGUUUCGGCAAGUGGGGCGAGCACCCCUCUCUCCGCCCCAACCCCCGGUUUCCCUCCCCUCCCCCUCCACCCCCCACUCCCCCCCAUCCCGCCCUCGCAAAAAUCCCCUUCCCCCAUCCCCUUCUCCCAAACCCCGCCCUUCACGAUGACGCACUCCUUCUCCCUCCCAGCGUCCGUCCCGGCGUCUCUUCCCUCCAUGGGCCUCCCAGCAGGCGCGAGGGAGAGAAUGGAGGUGCAUCUGCUGCUGGUGGAGCUCGCACGGGUGCAGCAGCAGGUGCGGUCUACCCAGGAGGUGGCUGAGAGGGCGGAGCGGGAGUCGAGGGAGGCGAGGGAGCAGGCGAGAAAGGCAGUGGAGAGUGCAGCGGCCGAAGCAGAGAAACGGCUCAAGGCGGAGAUGGAGGGAGAGGCUGCUAAAAAGAAGGCGGACGAAGCCUCCCGGCGGGCGGCAGCCGCAGAGGCUGAAGCUGACCGCGUGCGCCGGGAAGCAGCGGACCUGGCAGCCGCGGCAUCGGCAACCCUGGCAAAGGCGCAGGAGCAGUACGCUUUGAGCAACCAGCUGAGGCAGCAGGAGUUCCGCGAGUACAGCAUCGAGGAGCUGGCGCGCGCGUGCGACAUGUGGGACGAGGAGAACCUGGUGGGGGAGGGCGGGUACGGGACGGUGUAUAGGGGCGUGCUGGAGCACUACCCCGUGGCGGUCAAGUGCCUCAAGACAGCGAAUAGCGACCAGGCGCUGAGGGAGUUCAAGAAAGAGAUGGACGUGCAGCGCGGCCUGCGGCACCCCACUGUGGUCCUCCUCAUUGGGUGCUGCCACGACCCCCCCUGCUUGGUGUACGAGCUCAUGCCGCACGGCUCGCUGUACGACCGCCUCGUGUGCGACCACGGCUCGCCCCCGCUGCCCUGGAACCGGCGCUUCGACAUCUUUGAGGACACCUGCAAGGCGCUCAUCCACCUGCACAACCGCCACCCCGCCAUAGUGCACCUGGACCUGAAACCAGCCAACAUUCUUCUGGACGGCAACAUGCGUGCGAAGCUGGGCGACGUUGGCUUGGCGCGCUUCAUGGUGGGCAUGGACAGCGGCAGGAGCUUCAUCCAGCAGUCCGUCGCCGUCGGCACCUUUGGCUAUGUGGACCCACACUUUCUGCGCACGGGGCAGUUCAGCCGCGAGUCCGACAUCUACUCCCUCGGCAUGGUGCUGCUCGACAUGCUCCGCGGCAUCGACACCUCCAAGAAACCUGCAGGGGAAGGAAGGGACGGAGAGGGAGCGGGAGGGGCAGCGCGGCGGCAUGUGGGGGACAGAGUAGCGGCAUUAGAGGCGCUGGAAGCCUGUGUGGCAGCAGGGGACGUGGAGCGGCUGCAGGGGCUGCUGGACCCUUCAGCGGGCACGUGGCCGCCAGGGAUCGCGAUGCGGCUGGUGGAAAUAGCCCGGCGAUGUGCGGCGUUUAAGCGCAAGCAGCGCCCGGAGCUGUCCCGGGACGUCAUGGCCAUGCUGGCGGAAAUGAAGCCCGCUGUGCUGAGGGCCGCCGCGCAGCAGAGGGAGCUGGGCCUGCUGAAGGAUGAGGCCUGGGAGGGUGGUGAUGGCGGUGCUGCUGGUGGUGUUGGGGGUGGUGGCGGUGUGGGGAUUCGUGGGGGCGGGGAGAGCACGAGGACGCGGUCGGGCGUGCAGGUGCAGGUCCCGGAUGGGUUCCGAUGCCCCAUCACCAUGGAACUGAUGCGGUGGCCAGUACUGGCGGCGGACGGGCACACGUACGAGCGCGCGGCCAUCCAACAAUGGCUGCAGCAGCACUGCGUGUCGCCGCGCACGGGCCACCCCCUGCCGCACUGCCACGUGCAGGACAACCUGCUCGUGCGCUCGCUCAUUGCCGAGUGGGUCCACUGCCACGGGGGGCUGCUGCUGAGGACGGAGGUUCUGGACGAGUGCUCCCCGGACGGAUGCUCGGAGGAAGGGCGUGAAGUGGAGGUUUAUGUGGAGGGGGAGGGGGAGGGGGAUGAGGAAGGGGCGGAAGGCUCACAGAACUGGGCAUCCUAUGUGGAGGAGCUGGGGGAUGAGCUCUUGCAAGGUGGCUAUCAGCCUUCAGGCAUUCCGACUGAAGUAUUUGCCAAGGACAAGGCUCAUGUGGUAGGAAGUGAUGAUGCGGAUGGGCUCCCUGCCGACAAUGCACCUGCUGAGAAAACUUCCAAUAUGAAAGGCAUGGCUUCAAUGUAGGGUAGAUUAGGGGUUGUGGGCUUUACGGACCUCGCUCAUUUUUGCAUAAUAUCCUAAGGUAUGUUGUGACAUACUUAUGCAUACCCGUAGUACUGACUCAAGUGUGCUUAUUUACAUAAAUAUGGAUUAUUUUAUUGUAUGUAUUCUAUUUUAUUAUUAUGAU